AUGUUUGAAAGUGGCAGCGGCAAUUCCCAGGAGAAAGAGAGAUUUGGGGGAGAGACAAACGCGCCCCAGACACCGUAACACUCUUUCUGUGAGACCAAGGAUUUGCUCUCUCUUUUCCAUUUUCAUGUAUUUCUGAAAGUCCCGAGUUUGAAUUAUUUUCAGAAGGAGAGGCCAUGGCUUCGAUUGGGUGAUUUUAGGGUUUUGAAAUUCUGCUUCACCGGAGGAUUUUUCUUAUCAGCCAGCUCCGCCCAUACGAUGAUGUUGUCGAAAGUUGAGGCUGGGAAGAAGAUUAGUGAGGAUUCAGGUAAUGCGAAGUUGUUGAAUGAGAUUGAAGCAAUAAGCAAAGCCCUAUACCUUGAUAAAAAUACAUCUAGGAGUUCGAUUUCUAGGCCCAAUACUCGGUCCAAAUCGACCGGAAAAACCCACUUACCAGAUCCCAAGUUGAAGCUUAAACUUGGUGAGGAGGACUCAUCACGCAAGGACAAGAAGUCCAUUUGGAAUUGGAGGCCAUUGAAGGCCCUUUCCCAUAUCCGAAAUCGUAGGUUUAACUGUCGUUUUUCUCUCCUAGUCCAUUCCAUCGAAGGGUUACCCUCAAGUUUUAAUGAUGUUAGUCUUUGUGUGCAUUGGAAGAGGCGGGAUGGGGUCUUGGUCACUCGUCCAGCGAAGGUUUUUCUAGGCAUCACAGAGUUUGAAGAGAAAUUGUCUCAUACAUGCUCUGUUUAUGGUAGUAGGAGUGGACCACACCAUUCAGCAAAGUAUGAGGCGAAACAUUUUUUGCUCUAUGCUUCUGUGUAUGGUGCGCCAGAACUUGAUUUGGGGAAGCAUCGGAUUGAUCUCACGAGGCUGCUUCCCCUGACUUUGGAGGAAUUAGAGGAGGAGAAGAGCUCAGGGACAUGGACUACGAGUUUUAAAUUAUCAGGAAAGGCUAAAGGUGCUAUGAUGAAUGUUAGUUUUGGAUAUUUAGUGAUUGGUGAUAAUCCCAGUGCACCUGGAAAUCCUGAGGUGUUGAGUUCAAGGCAGAAUAGUUGGAGUAUGGCUAAGCCAGAGAUGAAACUUGGUCAAGGUGGUGGCUGGAGCAGAAUGCACCGUGCAGAAAGUCUUCCUGGCAUAACAAACCAGCUGUAUCGUGCUGCAUCACGGUCGGUCGAGAACAUAAAAGAUCUUCAUGAGGUUUUGCCAAUAUCAAGGUCGGAACUUGCCAGUUCAGUAGAUAUUCUAUAUCAAAAAUUUGAUGAAGACAAGUUGGAUUGUCCAGUUGAUAAGCCUGAACUUAAUGCUUUUACUGAACAUAUUGAGCUCACCAGACCAAAUUCCAAUCCUUGGUCUGACUCUGGUAAAGAAAAUGUUGAAACUGAGUGUGAAUAUGACGAGUUUUCUGUAAUUGAACAGGGCAUAGAAUUUUCAUCAAAGGAGUCUCUGGAAUCGGAGGAAAUAGUUGUAAAGGGUUCCAAUGUUGCUCCAGUAGAAAGUCCUGGUGUUGAAGUUGAUACUGGUGUACAGGUAGCACUUGAGGAGGGCACUGAGCUUGAUCGCAAGGAUGAGGAAACUGGUAGAUGCGACAAUGAGCUUGCAUUACAUGACGCUGCUUCAAAAGAGGAUGACAUGUGUACCAAAGAAGAACUCAUGAGAGAAUUAGAGUCAGCUUUAAAUAAUGUAUCAGAAUUGGAGACAGCUGCACUUGAACCCCAUGAGAACUACUUGGAGUUUGAAUCGGAUGAUAAAACAAAUAGUAAGGGAAAGUCACUUAGCUUAGAUGAUGAUACUGAAUCCAUCGCAAGUGAGUUCUUAAACAUGCUGGAAAUAGAACAUGGUUCGUUUGGCUUGAGUUCUGAGAGUGAGGCUGAAUCCCCAAGGGAGCGUCUGUUAAGACAAUUUGAGAAGGAGGCCCUUGCUGGGGGCUGUUCUUUGUUUGAUUUUGAUGAAGGCAGUGGGGACCAAGCAGAAUGUGGCUACAAUGCUCCAACUGGUUCUGUGUGGGGGAACUUGUUUGAGGGUUUUGAACUUUCAUCGGCGAUUCAAGAUGUGGAAAAGGAGCAUCAGAUAGCAACUCAGGCAGAGAGGAGCAAAACAAGGGCCAAAAUAUUGGAAGACUUGGAAACAGAAGCCUUAAUGCGUGAAUGGGGCUUGAAUGAGAAUGCUUUUCAACAUUCUCCACCAAAAAGCUCUGAUGGAUUUGGAAGCCCAAUUGAUUUACCUCCUGAAGGGCCAGUUGAAUUGCCUCCUCUUGGAGAAGGGUUAGGUCCUUUUCUUCAGACCAAAAAUGGAGGUUUUGUCCGGUCUAUGAGUCCCUCUGUUUUCAGCAAUGCAAAAAAUGGUGGGAACCUGAUUAUGCAGGUUUCUAGUCCAGUCGUCAUACCUGCAGAAAUGGGUUCUGAGGUAAUGGAGAUAUUGCAGUGUUUGGCCUCAGUGGGAAUUGAAAAGCUUUCUAUGCAGGCCAAUAAGUUGAUGCCUUUGGAAGAUAUCACCGGAAAGACAAUGCAGCAAGUGGCAUGGGAGGCAGCACAUACUCUGGAGGGAUCUGAGAGGCAAACUUUAUUGCAGCAUGAAUUGGUGGUUGAACAAGAAAUGUUUGGUGGGCAAAAGAGAGUUAGAGGGAGGUCAGCGGAACCCAGGUCUAAUAACUCUAGUUCUGGCUCAGUAGGCAAUAAAAUGGGCUCAGAAUAUGUCUCUCUAGAAGAUCUUGCACCUUUAGCUAUGGAUAAGAUUGAAGCACUUUCAAUGGAAGGGUUGAGAAUACAAUCCGGGAUGUCAGAUGAAGAUGCACCUGCAAAUAUCAGUGCACAGUCUAUUGGGGAUGUUUCGGCCCUUCAGGGCAAGGGGAUUAAUAUCAGUGGGUCUGUAGGUUUGGAGGGGGCUGCUGGAUUGCAAUUGUUGGACAUAGAAGAUGGUGGCGAUGCUGUUGAUGGAUUAAUGGGCCUCUCAUUAAGUCUUGAUGAAUGGAUGAGGCUGGAUUCUGGUGAAAUUGAUGAUGAAGAUUGUAUCAGUGAACGCACUUCUAAAAUCCUUGCAGCCCAUCACGCUAACUCUUUGGACUUGAUCCGUGGAGGUUCGAAGGGAGAGAGAAGACGGGGCAAAGGCUCUAACAGAAAGUGUGGUUUACUGGGGAACAACUUCACAGUAGCCCUAAUGGUGCAACUUCGUGAUCCACUACGAAAUUUUGAGCCUGUUGGUGCGCCAAUGCUUGCUCUUAUUCAAGUAGAGAGAGUAUUUGUCCCGCCAAAGCCAAAAAUAUACAGCACAGUUUCAGAGGUGAGGAACAGUAACGAGGACGAUGAGCCUGAGUCAGCAGUAAUGGAAACAAAGGAGGAAACAAAAGAAGAGAAAACUUCUGAAGAGGAGGGCAUUCCUCAGUUUAGAAUCACCGAAGUACAUGUUGCCGGUCUGAAAACCGAGCCUGCAAAGAAGAAGCUCUGGGGUACCUCAACCCAGCAGCAAUCUGGUUCCCGCUGGUUGCUUGCUAAUGGAAUGGGGAAGAGCAAUAAACAUCCCUUUAUGAAGUCAAAGGCUGUUUCUAAGUCUGCCGCCCCGGCGACAAUGAAGGUGCAACCUGGUGAUACCUUGUGGAGCAUCUCAUCUCGUGUUCAUGGUACUGGAGCUAAAUGGAAGGACUUGGCAGCACUAAAUCCACAUAUACGAAACCCCAACGUUAUCUUACCAAAUGAAACUAUCAGGCUACGCUGAGUGGAGCAUGUGAUUUGGAUCUUGCCUGUGAGCGCGGUUUCAGCCUUGAUAGGAGGCAAACGUUGGUGAGUUUUGCUUGCGGGGUGUUCUCUUGUAUCUAUAUACAUGUACUGCGAGAUAAAAGAUGAAUGGUUUUGCUAUAUCUUUGUUUUUCUUCUGUAAAUGAGUAAAUCCAUUUGUUAUUAUGCAUGCUUGAAGUGUAAUUUAUGCCUUUUGAAGGAAUAGUUGUAUUUUCUUUGACAGUAGUACUUGCAUGCAAGAAUAAUACAAAAGUUGGGACUUUGUAGAA